UGAAGAUCCUCAGAAGUAGAAGUUGUGAGUCCCUUUCUGCACCCCUCUCCCGCUGAAGUGCCCAAGGUGGGUUGUCGCUUCUGCCCCCCCAGAGUGGGGUGUUGGGGUGUUGGUGUGCGGAGUGAUGGGAGGAUUUCUGAAUAAGAAGAUCUAACACAGAGAGAAGAUGGAGUCCUGGAGAAAGAGCCCAUUGUUCUGACUAAUACAAAGGGAUGAUUUGGUCAAGUCUUUCAGGAUAUGUGAUGAGCUGAUUUCUACUUUGGAUGAAAAAUCACAAAUAAAUGAUGGAAAUGGAAAGAUCUUCCUGGGGGAAAUCUCCUGUUUCUAUAAAGGAUAUCAGGAAGUUCCGCCGCCAGCUGUCUGCAUAUGAUGACCCAUCACUGAGGAUGAUAUACGAGUAUUAUAGAGAUGAUCUGAUCUACAUCCUGGAGAACUUGGACACCGGGGCCCUCCUGAAAGAGCUGAAAUCUCGGAAUGUCUUAAACACAGAUAAAUACUGGCCAAUAAAAGAAGGACCGGGGGUCGCUUGCUUUUCUCACAACUUGAUAAAAGAUAUUCAGAAACGGGGAAGAGAAGCUGUGAUUGGACUCUGUGAAUGUCUCUAUGCACUACAGAAAGAUCAUCCUCAUCCAAAUUUAUUGGCAUUUCUAGAUGGGAUCAUACAGGCAGGUGUGGGUCUGGUGGAUCAGAUUCGAAUGGAUGAACUCCAACACACACGGACUCAGGAGCUGAGAGGUGUGGGUCUGGUGGAUCAGAUUCGAAUGGAUGAACUCCAACACACACGGACUCAGAAGCUGAGAGAAAUUCAAGAAAAUCACAAACAACAUCUGAUGGAGAAGACUGAGACUCUAGUGGAGCAUAGACCCCCAGGAACUACCCUGGAACCACAAAUAUUCCUCAUCAAUGAGCGUUAUGUGAACCUGAUUGUAGUCUCCACCGAUCAGUUCAGGAAACGUCCCCAGAAUGAGCUAAUACAGACUGGGGUAAAACAUGAGAAAUGCUUGAAGGAAACACAAACUGGACUGGAACUAAUUUUCCCUAAUAGGCUGUUCCGAUGGAACCCCCAGUCACAUUGUGCACCACAUGCAGUAAUGGUGAGCGGAGUGCCAGGAAUAGGGAAGACCACACUGAUGCAGAAGUUUGUCUAUGACUGGGUGACCGGAAAACACUACCAGAGAUUUGCCUUUCUCUUCUUCUUCCGAUUCCGGGACCUUAAUAGACUGGGAGAGGUCAGCUUGGAGGAGAUGAUUCUUCAUCAAUAUCCGUAUCUGGAGAGUCAGAUUGGAAAUAUUUUACAAGAUCCAGAGAGACUUCUGUUUAUAUUUGAUGGAUUAGAUGAAAGUGUUCACCAAAUGGAUUUCAGAUCAAGUAAACUCUUUGCUUACAGAACACAUUUUGGUGAGAUUGUGGCCAGUUUGGUGAGGCAGAGUCUUCUUAUGGGUUGCUCUGUACUGAUAACCAGCCGCCCAACCAGACUGGCAUCAGUUGAUACCGGUGUUUUCCAGAGAAUAGCUGAGAUCAUGGGAUUUCUCCAUGAAGACAGACUGAUCUUCUUUAAUAAUUUCUUUGGAAAUGAGGAAUUGUCAGAGAAGGCUUUUCAUUAUGUGCAGGAGAAUGACACACUGUACACUUUCUGUUAUAUCCCAUCAUACUGCUGGAUCAUCUGUACAGUGUUAUCAAUGUGCUUCAGAGCCCAACCAACAAUCACUGAUCAGCUGAUGACAUCAUUACCCAAAACAGUGACACAACUCUUUGUGACUUUUGUCUCCAACAUUCUGGCCAAUCACAACCAGAAUAAAGAUGGUGGUCACACUGCCAGGGAACUGCUGACAUCUAUUGGGCGGAUGGCAGAACAUGGAGUAAUGAAUCGCAUGAUUGUAUUUGAUGAGCGUCAUCUGGAGUCAUUCAAUGUGAGAAAUGAUAAUCAUCUCUUUUCAUCUUUCAUGAUGGAAUCUGGUCAGCCUCCUGAUGUGGAUUACACCUUCUUACAUCUCACUCUACAGGAGUUUUUUGCUGCUUUGGUCCAUUUUAUUGACUAUAAUCCUGACAGAUUACAGGAAACACUUGCUAAGGCUGAAUCUUACAAAGAUGGCCUUACUGAAAUAUUCCUCCGUUUCCUCUGCGGUCUCUCAGACUCUUCUACUAGAUCCAUGUUAAAGUCUCACGUGGGAGAAUUGUCUACUCAGGCUGCCAGAGAUGUCAUCACCUGGAUCCAGGAGAAAAUACCAGAACAAACACCUGACAAAUGUAUAAAAGGCAGCACAGAGCUUUUUAAUGUAUUCUACUAUGUCUAUGAGAGCAGGAAUAAGGCUCUGGUGUCACAAUGUAUUGGAUCAAACUACGUUGACUUUUCUGGUGUUCGCCUCAGAUCUCUGGACUACUCUGUGCUGUCUUUUAUCUUUCAAUCCUGCAGAGAGAUAGAAGAAGUAAACCUAAGUUUUUGUAAAAUUCAUAGUGAAAGAUUGAGGAAACUUAUACCAGCUCUACACAACAUCAAGAGUUUGAGGUAAACAAAUCUGAUUAAUCACAAUGCUGUAAUAUAUUGGUAUUUGCAGGUGUUUUUGUGAGAUGUCAGUUUCUAUAGAACAUAAAAGUAGAACUAAAGUUUUUUUUAUUUUUGUAUAUAGUAAUGGAGGGUUAUAACCCCUGUCAGGGUUUUUUUUGUCA